GAUUGACCAUCGAGUAGAUAAAAAUGCGCAAACAAAUUGAUAUUUUUUCAUUCCGAACUGUCACUCGCGUAUUGGAACUUCACUGAGCGGAUACUAUAUUUAAAAACAAUAAACGCAGCACAAGAUCACAUCAUUAUAAUUGCAACUCUCAGUGUGGCAAGUAUUAACGCGGAAGUUCACCAAAAAGAGAAAACAAAUUUGAUCAUUUUCAUCGACCAAAAAUGGAUUUCUUUGCUGCUGGCGGCUUCCAACAACUGUUCAGCGACUUAAAUGACACGCAGCUGCACGAAAGCUGGACGGAUAUCAGUGCCGAAGAGGAAAGUGGAUCGGCGCUUUACAGUUACAAUUGCAACGCUCAGCAAACAAAUGACCUGCGUGACCUUCACCUGCGUGAACGAUCCUUACGUGCUUGUUGCAACGCUUAGUGAAAAAACGCUCGUGGAAAAGCAUGCGGAUUGGAAUGAAAGCUUGACGGAGCAAACAACGUACACAGACUACACGGAAUGCAAGAGUAGCAAUGAGCAACAGUUGCAGCUUUCGCUGGAUCGACUGCUGAGCUCGCCACCUGAGGAUUCAAUAAAGGACCCUGCGUCAAAUUCACCUACGGAGCCUUCGAACUACCAAACAUUAACUACUCCAAAUAUAUCGGAAUAUCAGAACGACAGUAGUCCCGUUAGCAUAGAUUCCACAAUUUUAGUGGAGUUCGAGACGGCUGCCUUCAUAACACGUGAGAUGGCUGAGUGGGAGGAGAAAUUCUUGGAUAACUACAUUGAAAUACCAGAGCUCAUAGACUUUCUACCCGAGAAGACGCCACUUUGCACGGAUACCUGCGAUCAUUUUCUGCACGAAAGCUCUAAAAAUCUUAAACUGCACCGCAAAACGCGCACUACAAAACGCAAAAAUGAGUCUAGUGGUCAAGAUGAAUGCGCCGCCGUCGGUUAUCCAUGCACUUUUGGCAAUUGCGAUAAGAUUUAUGCGAAACCUGCACACUUGAAGGCACAUCUGCGGCGUCAUAUGGGUGAAAAGCCCUACACCUGCGAUUGGCCUGCGUGUACGUGGAAGUUUUCACGUUCCGAUGAGUUGGCGCGUCAUCGACGUUCGCAUUCGGGUGUGAAACCCUACAAGUGUAGUUAUUGUAUGAAAUGUUUUGCACGCUCCGAUCAUCUAAUGAAGCAUCGCAAGGUGCACGAGCGGCGCCUGUUGGCGGCGCAUAAAGCUGGAAAGACGAUCAAUGGUGUGCUGGCGCAUAGUGUGUUGACGGUGCGACCGGGACGUAAGCGAAAGAAUCAGUUAUAACAUGAGAGGAGGGUUGUGCAAUCGUUAAAGAAAUAUUAGAUUUUAAGUGAAUGUGAUUGUUUGAAUAAGUUGUGUUAAAUAUAAGUUUGAAAAGUUUAAGUUCUUAAAGUUUAAUUAAGAAUAAUUUAUAUUCUGAUUUUAAGUGAGCUUCAUACCACGGUAUGAACCGUAGGGCUUCAUAAAAGUUGCUAGUAACUUAUGUGUGCGUCCGGGUCUCAGUUACAGAUGAAGGCCAAAGGAAGAACCUAUAGUUUAGGAUGGAUGCAAAAUGGAAUCUAUAUACGGUAGCUGAACAGAAUCUCGAGACGUUCUUUAAGAAGUGACCUGCGGACUACACCUCCGACAUCCGGAGGAUCCUUUUUAUCUUUUCUAUUUCCUCAACAAGAUCAAGAAUCUCUCUUGGAGAGAGGAGUGAUUUAAAACAUAAAUCGGAGGUGUUAUCGGUAUUUGAGUGGAUA